AUGGAAUAUUUUUAUUUAUAGAGAACAGGAAAGUUCAAAUAAAUGAUAGAAUAGUAAAAAUCUGAAAUGUAAAAAACAUAAAAAUUAUCUCAGUAAAAGUUUGAUAUAUUGGAACACUUAAAAGCAUUUAAAAGCAAUGAUUAAAGAGAAUAGUAUUAAAUAACUUCUAUAUAUAAGAUAGGUCAAAUAGAUAAAGAUUAAGUAAUUAGAUUUGCCAAAGUUAAUGAAAAGAAUAUAUUCAGAAAAAAAAGUCAAAUUUAACAGUGAAUUAUAAGGAAAACAAAAUGAAAAUUCUGAAGUUAGUAUUACUAAAUCUAAGAUAAAUCCAACAAGGCUUAAGACAAAUGGUGAAAUUCCAAUCAUAAAGCCUAAAUUAGCUAAAAUAGCAUCAACAGAUAGGGUUUAAACAGAAUAUAAAGAAAGAAAAGAUUAUCUGAAUUAUACUUUCGGAACUUAAUUCAGACUUCGAACAACAAAUAAAUCUCAAACUAAUUGUAAAAGUAUGGUGGAGUAAAAGAGAUCUACCUCUCAGACAAGUAGAGUUAUGACUACAUCAUAAUAAAGAGUUAUUAACAAAAUUUUUUAAUGA